UAAGGAGCCACUGUGGAGAGAUAAAAGAGCCCCAUGUGGAGAAACACUGGAGAAACUAAAGUACUGCGAGUCUUGUUUCUUUUAUUUUGAAAGCGUCCUUCCCGGAAGCCUCGGUGCAGCUGACAGGCACCGAGAGAGAAAAAGAGAAGGCAAAUGGAUCAGGCGGCUGAAAUGGAGAGCGAAUGGAUUGGGAGGGUGCGCAGAAACAGUCAAGAGACAUGGCGUGGCGGCGUGACACAAUAAAGGAAUUCCAGCUCACCGUGGGACUCGUCUGAAUAAUAAAGCCAAGAGGUCGAGCUGGGCGGAGGGUUUCCAUUUCGCCGCCGUCUUACCUCGUUUAACCUGAGCACAACGGCUCCGUAUCUGCAGGGAGAAGUGUGUGACCAACAACGCCGCCUGACAGCGUAAAAGGUGGCUCAGUAUGAGUCGAGAUGGCUGGAUGAAGAAGAGAGCCAGUGCUGGUGAUGACAAUGGAUGGGCUGAAAGGGGAGGCUACAUGGCUGCCAAGGUGUCCAAGCUGGAUGAGCAGUUCAGACUGGAUGCCCCCAGAGAAAAGCAGAAGGAAGGAGCAUGCUCGGGCAUCUUCAGAGGGGUGUCUAUUUAUGUCAACGGAUACACAGAGCCGAGUGCUGAUGAACUCCGCAGACUGAUGAUGCUGCAUGGGGGUCAGUUCCAUGUCUACUAUUCCCGCUCAAAAACCACCCACAUCAUCGCCAAUAAUCUGCCCAACUGCAAAAUUCAAGAUCUCAAGGGGGAAAAAGUCAUCAGGCCAGAGUGGAUCACUGACAGCAUCAAGGCCGGGCAGCUUCUACCCCACCUAAAGUACCAGCUGUAUGCUAAACAGAAGAGCACACUCUUCCCCGCCGUCGCUCUGCGCCAGACCCUGGAGGUUGCAGGAACAAGCCAAAGUUCCCUUCAGCCAAAUGCUCAUCAAAAGCUGCAUCUGCCACAGCAAAAAAUCAGCCUCUCUGUUCCCCACACUGGGCCGUCCUCACUCAGCUGCCAGAACAAGCACAUCCCUCCGUCCAGCUGCAGUGGCCCUCACCCUCAGCCCACCCAGCAUUCAAUAGUCGGUCAAAUCAUUAUCGAUUCCAAGCGUAGGAGCCCACUACAGUCCCACCCACCUCAGAACCUAAACCACACAAAGCCCCCAUACAAGUCAACUCACCGGAAAGAAGAAGAGAAAUUAGCAAUCAGAAAUGGUAUACUGCAGACCUCAUCGGAUGUUAUGAGCCAUUCAAAGACAAACAAAAUGCAAGAGUGUGUGAAAGGCAGUCCUCGUUUGCCUGGGGCUUCUAACAAGAUGAAGGAAGUCCCUCUGACCAAUGGACACGCUCAUCUUCUCAAUGGUGCCUUAAGACCAGAGGACCUGGAACCUGACCAGCCCAAGCAUAGAGUCAGGAGUUCACCUGAGAAACCUCAAAGUCCCUCAGAACAGUCCAGGUCUGACCCGUACGAGUUUCCUCUAAGCCCUCCAAAGCAAUCUCAAAUGUCCCCGGUUGUUCUAGAGCAGCCCAGUACGGAGGACGCCAAUGGAUGUCAACACACGCCACCCGAAAACCAUGACGCUGCAAAAGACAGUGAAACACAACGCCUCACUGAACCAUCUCCACAGGUCUCUACGGGUUCUGAGCAAAACCAUCUGUCCCAGCCGCCUUUUACCCAUUCGCACUCUUUACUCCGCCCAAACGGAUUUCACCACAAUGCCUUUUCAUCUAACCCCGCCCUCUUCAGCCCUACUGGUGUCAAAACCAGACCUAACCUUCACAGCGACCCCUCGUCCAAGUCUUCUGCGGAGCUGCUCGAACAGACGGGUAGUCUGAUCUCUGAGUUCUAUUCCCACUCGCGUUUGCACCAGAUCUCCACGUGGAGGAUCGGCUUUUCUGAAUACAUAAACGAACUUCAUCAUAAGAAAAAAGAAUCCGGGAGCAUUUCAUACCCGGGGAAAGAUCGACUGAGGAAAGCUGCGGCUCAACGACCAUCAGAUAGUCGAGGUACUUCAGCACCAGCCGGUAUCAAGUCCUGUAUUCUCCACGUGGACAUGGACUGUUUUUUUGUGUCUGUGGGGAUCCGACAUCGACCGGACCUGAAAGGAAAACCCGUUGCUGUCACCAGUAACCGUGGACACGGCCGGGUUCCUGCAAGAGCCGGAGCGAACCCUCAGGUGGAGCAGCAGUACUACCAGAGAAGACAUUCUCAUCCUCAGCCCGAGAAAGAAGAUGAUCUUUUACACACAUCCCCAUCACAAGAGAGUCCAGACUCGCGUGCCAACAGCGUGGAUCUGGAUUCUGCUGCUCUCUCAAUGGCUGAGAUUGCGUCCUGCAGUUAUGAGGCGAGGCAGGCGGGUGUGAGGAACGGGAUGUUUUUUGGCAGAGCAAAGCAGCUGUGCCCCUCUCUGCAGUCCGUCCCGUAUGAUUUUGAAGCCUACAAAGAGGUGGCCAUUAGCAUGUAUGAAAUUCUGGCAAGUUACACACAUGACAUUGAAGCUCUCAGCUGUGAUGAAGCAUUGAUAGAUGGCUCUGCUCUGCUUGCUGAGUUGGGAAUUAGCCCCGAUGAUUUGGCUCAAGCCAUCAGAGCAGACAUCAAGGAGAAAACUGGAUGCUGUGCGUCAGUGGGCAUGGGGUCCAACAUCCUGUUGGCUCGGCUGGCAACUCGCAAGGCUAAGCCAAACGGGCAGCACUUCCUAAAGUCUGAAGAAGUGGAUGAUUUUAUCAGAGACCUGCCAGUCACCAGAUUACCAGGGGUGGGGCACGUAAUGGGCAAAAAACUGGGUACUCUUGGUGUGACCACCUGUGGGGAGCUCCAGCAGGUGUCUUUGUCUCAGCUGCAGAAGAAGUUCGGCCCCCGAACAGGACAAACUCUGUUUCGCUUCUGUAGGGGUUUGGACGAUCGUCCCGUCCGCUGCGAGAAGGAAAGAAAAUCCGUUUCAGCAGAGAUGAACUACAACAUCCGCUUUACAAAGGUCGAAGAGGCAGAGAGCUUCCUGACAAAUUUAUCCAUGGAGGUGCAAAAACGUUUACAGGAAGCAGGACUGCGGGGUCGCAGGGUGACCCUCAAAGUCAUGGUUCGCAAGGUUGGAGCGCCGCUUGAGUCGGCCAAAUAUGGUGGUCAUGGCAUAUGUGAUAACUUAGCCAGAACUGUGAUGCUCGCUCAGCCCACCGACAGCGGUCAGUUGAUCGCCUCUGCAGUCAUCAAGCUGCUCCACGCCAUGCAGCUGCAGGCGCAGGAUUUAAGAGGAAUUGGGAUCCAGGUUCAACAACUCGAAGGAAAUCGGCACCCUCCACCGGACAGUCGGGGUCCUCGAUCAUGCUCUAUUAAGGAGAUGUUGUUGGGCCAAGGGUUGGCCGUCAGAUCCAACAAGAACAAUUCUCGUAAGGAACACUCCACUCCAUCAGCUAGCUCCUCUUCGCUGACCUCGUCCCCCACUGAGCCGGUUCCAGGAACAAGCAAAGAACAGCCGACAAGCAGGCAGACACCCAAACAUUCACGCGCACGUCUCAGCAUCACCAUUGAAGUUCCCUCCCCUUCGCAGGUGGAUCGUUCCGUGCUGGAAGCUCUCCCCCCAGAGUUGAGAGAACAAGUAGAGCAGUCGUGGACCAAGAGAGAUAGAAUACCAAAUAACUGCCAUUCGCCUGCUCUGCAGCAGUCCUUGCCACACCCCCGCCAAGCUUCGCCGCCACGCCCAGCACUGUCCAGUCCACCUGCUGGAACUUUAGUCCUGCAGAUUCCAAACCAGCCAAACAGUCCAGGAAUUGUACUCGAACUACCAAGCUUCUCACAGGUUGAUCCCGAUGUGUUUGCAGCCCUCCCCAAAGAGCUACAGGAAGAACUCAAGUCCGCUUACAACCGUGCAACCAACGUGCAAGCGCAGGGGAAAGCAGUGGAGCAGAAGAAUCCACUGCUACAGCUAAAGCAGUCGGCGGUGGGAACCGGCGUUGGUCGGGUGAAAAGGCGCUACAAGAGGAAGAACGCAGUCAGCCCACUUAAAAAAGGAACUUCACCCCUGAAGAGGCAGCAGACGAACAGUCCGGUCAAAUCCAUAGGAGCUGCUGGAAAAUCAAGAGAGCCGAUCAAUAUACCAAAGACUGAAAACAAUCCCUCCACCUCAAAACUGGACCUCGCAGAACCUCCAGUCGAGGCCGUUUCUCGCCCUGUUCCAAUGCUGGCCGGAGCCUUUGACCUGACAGACAUCAGAACACUACUGCGGGAAUGGGUCACCACCAUCACUGAACCAAUGGAGGAGGACAUCCUGCAGGUGGUGAAAUACUGCACUGAUCUGAUCGAAGACAAAGAUCUGGAAAAGUUGGAUUUGAUUAUAAAGUACAUGAAGAGGCUCAUGCAGCAGUCAGUGGAGUCUGUGUGGAGCAUGGCGUUCGACUUCAUCCUGGACAACGUUCAGGUGGUUUUGCAGCAAGCGUAUGGUAGCAUCCUGAAGAUAACGUGAAGGAGCAGUCACCGUCUUCACUGGAUGUGGAUUUUGCACUUUUGUUUUUACAUCUAGUAGGGAAGUCACAUGGAAGUGAUUUCCUUUGUAAUUCUUUCUCAAGUGUGCCACGUUUACCAGUGAUCUCUGUGGCCAACAUGCAUAUGAGCGUGAGCCAUGACAGUAUUUGAUAGUUCAGUAUGUAUUGUUUUGUUUUUUUAUUGACCGACUCCAAAUUGUUUAGUUCACCUCCCCCUGUGAAGAACAGCAGCUUUUUAAACGUGUUUAUUUCUGCGGACGAUGCAUGCUUACCUGUUUCUAGAACAUUGUUCCAGUAGGAAAAAGUUGUUUUAUCCUUUCAUAGUGGCUGUUUUCCCCUUCAUUUUGGUGUAGGAAUUCUCUUUUCUCAUUUGUAGAAGUAUUCGUGUUCCAUGCGUGCUCAUCAUGUUCAAGGACAUCUCCUACCUGUUGAAUCGAAGGGUUCAUGUGUGCACGGAACUCUGAAAACGGCAACAAAAAGACACAGUUGUUCUACUCUGUGGUGCUCUGCUUUUCCAGCACUUAUCUGUGAAAUAUUCAAAACUGCUGCACACAGUAGAAUAUUUUUUCUUCUUCUCUUUAAAAAAAAAAAAAGGAAGUGCCAAAUCUUAUUAUUCAGUGUAAAUAAUGUUUUUAAAACCGUGGUUGAGAGUUUUUAAGGAAAAAAAAGUGGAGAGGACUUGCCUCUUGUAUUGUUUACCUGUAGUGAAUUCUUAGUAAGAGUCUUAAAAUUGUAACACUACUCACUCUUUAAUUGUUCCAACGUGGAAAUCAGAAGCUCGCCAAAGUACCUCAUGGAGGUUUAGUUACUGAUUCUCUGUAGCACUCUGAUUUGGGAGAACAUUGAUGGCAAUCAAGCAGCUUAUGCAUCUUUUUUUCUACUUUACAAGCAAGAUGUCUACUCAAAAAUAAUGCCAUGUUCAGUAAGCGUUUGUUUUAAGAAAGGAUCAAGCAUUACAACAUGCUUUCACUGAUUAAUAAUGUUUAUAUAUAGAAUAUACAAAGGAUUCUUGAUUUGUAUAUUUACAGGGGAUUUCUUACUUCUUGUGAUAUUCACUCUGGAAAACGCAUGAGGCUACAUUUCUGUAUUUGUGCACAUAUUCAUUUUUGUAACAAUCACUUGGAAGAAGGUACUCAUUGUAAUAUGGCCGGAUGACCUCUAAUCUCUCCUUGGGAGAUAUUAUGUAUGUAGUUUAAAAGCAGUAUCCUUAUAUGCAAAGCAGAUCAGUCUGUCACCAUUUUGAUGACUUGUUGAAUUGAAUGUAAUCUGGAAUGUGUAUAUUUUCACUCACUUUCACUCGGUGUAAGUUUCUUCACCUGUUGUCUUUUCAUCAAAGGAGUGGCCACAGGUAAAAAUUGGCCAGUGUUCUUAAAACUGGCUUGUGCCUGAAGACCUGAAGCUGUGAACUUGUUUGUAAGUUUUCUAAACCUUGGUAAUAAACUGAAUUCUGUAUGGA